AUGUCAAGUCCAUUUGGCCAAAAUCAAAAUACUCAUAAAUCACCUACCGAGCUAGCUGCUGCUGUGGCCAUGAGAGAUAUGCUAGCGAGCACCCACAUUUCUUUAGAGUCUCAUCAUGUGACCUCAAGUUUCCCUCAUCGCCACAUAGUUGAUGAUCAUCGCCGCACGGUUGAUGAAAAGACGGGAGAGAAACUGCUUAGUCCCAAUGCAGCAUGGGAUUUCAUUCAGUCGCAUGAAUUCUUCAAGAAAGGAUUGGUGGAUAUUGCCGUUGUUAGAAAUUAUUUGCAAGGUCACGCUCAAUGUGACGGGCAGGGACCAGCCUUCCCUGAAAGUGUCGUCCGGAAAGCUGUCGAGGAGAGCGUCUCUGACGGCAGUGGGGGAUUGAUUUAG